UCCCCUUGACCCUCCAAUCACCUCGGGGUCCCAUUUGAUUGGAAGGCGGCAAAGGCUUUAAUCUCAGCCUCAUUCUGCUGCUUUUGAAGUGAGUUGCUUUGCCAGAGCCGGGGCUGGACGCGCAGCGACAGCAGCACAGCUGAGCGGCGGCAGAGGAGGGCGGCGAACGCAGCAGCUGGGGAGCCAGCGAGACGCACGCACCCCCACCCCGGGAUUAUUGUGCUUCUCCCCCCCCCCCCUUCUCGCCGGGUUCCCCCCGCCUCCGCCAGAGACGUUUUCUGCCUCGGUGUGUUGGGGCGAGUUUGCUGGUUGGGGGGCGUGUGUGGCUCCCCCCCCCCUCCCAAAGAGAGAAGGUUUCCGAGGCUGCCCCGCGCGACUCGCCCCAGUUUUCAUGCGAGGUUUUGGGUCAUGAUCACAUCGCCCUCGCUUUCUGCGGUAAGAAGUAGGAAGCUCAGCGGCGGCAGCGGAGACUUUGGCGUCGGCGGAGGCAGCAGCAGCAGCAGCAGCGCCCCAGAUCUCGCCUGGCCGAACCGGCACGCUGGGAAUACUACGAGCUGCUCCAAGCCUUUCUUCCACCCCGUCCCGCCCUCGGACCCCUUGCGCCAAGCCAAGCGGCUGCCCAUCAAAGUCCUGAAAAUGCUCACGGCUCGGACGGGACACAUUUUGCACCCCGAGUACCUGCAGCCUCUGCCUUCCACCCCCGUGAGCCCCAUCGAGGUAAGGAGCCGCAGGCGAUGCCUGAUUCUCCCCCCGCCCCCGACGACGGUCUCUCUCUCCGCACGGUCACUAAAGGGCAGUCUCCCCGGCCCUUCUGCUCAGUUCAAGGCGGAUCCAGCCGGACCUACCUCCCUGCUUUUUUGGGCUGGGGGAGGGGCUGUCACUUUUUUCAGGGAAAGUUUGUGCGUUGCUUUACACCCCUCUUUUUUCGGGGGGCUUCAACUUGAGGGCUGGAUUCCCAGCGGGGCGCCGGGCAGCCCCGGCACGCUGGCCCUCCGCAGCCCGCACCACGCCUUGGGACUCAGCAGCCGCUACCACCCUUACUCCAAGAGUCCUUUGCCCACCCCGGGCGCCCCAGUGCCCGUCCCCGCCGCCACGGGACCUUACUAUUCCCCCUACGCACUGUACGGGCAGAGACUCACCACAGCCUCCGCUCUGGGCUACCAGUGAGGCGUGGGGUAGGGAUUGCAAACCAGCGGCCGGGGGAAGGGGGGUGUGGAAGAAAAAAAAAC